AUGGACAAUGAUUCUAAGGAUGCAUUUGGGUAUUAUUGCCUCACUGAAGAUCCAACUGAGCUGUUGAUCCAGAAACUCCCCUUCCAGAGGCUGGUGAGAGAAAUCGCGCAGGAUUUCAAGAUGGAUCUCCGUUUCCAGAGUAGCGUCGUCGCAGCACUGCAAGAGGCAGCCGAGGCUUACUUGGUGGGUCUGUUUGAAGAUACUAAUCUCUGUGCGAUUCAUGCCAAGCGUGUGACUAUUAUGCCUAAAGAUAUUCAGCUUGCUCGUAGAAUCAGGGGUGAGAGAGCCUAGAGGGUUAGAUUGCUGUCUUAUAUUGAAUAUGUAGCAACCUUAUGUAGCAGAUCUACUGUCUGGUGUUCGUUUAAUUAGUUCUCACCCUCUUUAAUUUUUCUAUCAAUGGAGGUUUUUGUACAUCUUUGAAGAUCUAAUGAAUGAUGGUUUAACAA